UUGAAUUGUUAGGUACUCGGUACUCCAAGAAAGUGUCUAGUAUUGUUUUUUCCAUGAGCGUGCGUAAUACCCUAUACUUUUCUGCACGCAUUUUAGGUCAUGAGAAUACCAUUGUUGUUGUUAGGCCUACUGCAAUCAUGUGCUUAAGUAGUACUUUCCGCAAUAAUCAGGCCUAUGAUGUAUCACUUUGUGUUAUUUUAACAGCAACGUUAAGUUAUCUGUCACUGUUUAUUCUGCACGUAAAAAUAGAGACAGGUAUAGAUUUUGAGCUAUAACACAACUGUUAAAAUAACAGGAGAGGAUACAUCAUAGGCCUGAUUAUCUCAAACAUUAAAAUAUUAUAAUACUUAUUACUCUAUGGAAGUAUUGGUAUUAUUUUUAUUUCUAAAACUAUCUUUAUACUACAUACAUAUCAAAGGGUCCCUAUUCUCGAAACAGAAAAUAAAGCUCUAUCUUCGUCGCUUUUAUCCAUAUUUACAUAACAUUGACAAAGACGGAGCAAUUGUUGUCAUGAGAACGCUGUUUCUCGGUUUCAAAAAUAUACAUCUGAGCCUCUAUUCUCGAAACCAAGGAAUAGCGCUCUUACGUCUUUGUCAGUGUUAUGGAAAUAUAUGAAUAUGGGCGACGAAGAUAGAAUGUUGUUACCCUGUUUCGGUCAGUUGAUUUAUAUCAUUCUACAAUUAUAUUUUGUCUCUCUUAAUUAUGGAAUUCUUUUAAUAAUGUUGAGUAAAUUGCUGCAAUUUUCCUCAACAUCAGUCCAAAUACUCAUUCAUAUUUCAGGCCAGUAACGUAUACUGGUCUUCGUUGUCCUCAUUUAUAUUUCCAUAAAACACAAAACGGUGUUCCGCGGUUUCGAGAAUAUACACAUCUGGGCCUCUAUUCUUGAAAUCGGCAAACAGCAUUCUCACGAUUGCUCUGUCAUUGUCAGUGUUUUAGAAAUAUGAAUAUGAGCGACGAAGACAGAAAUUGGCCUAUUAUAAUUAUAUCCUCUACUGUUAUGUUAAACAGCUAUAGCUUUGUCGACAUCUAUAUAGUACCUGUCUCCUAUAUCUUGACUCUUCAGAUAUAAUGUUGAAAUGACACAAUAUGAUACAUCAUAGGCCUGAAUUACUUCUUACCUUGAGAAAAAUUCAAAAAUAAAUGCGAUAUUUUAUGAUAGAAAAUCUCAAUUUGUGAAUAUCCUUGGAUCUCCAAGCAUAUCUUGCUUGCAUAUAUUCUGUUCACAAUCCGAUGUCCACAGGUGCAGGUAAAUUUAUCAUCUUUCCCUAUUAAAUAGCAUUAUUGAAAGGUGAUAAAUUUUACCUGUACUUGUGGACAUCGGAUUGUGAACGGAUAAUAUAUCAAAUCAUAUAUCAUCGGACCUACAUAUAGGUACAUUAAUAUUAACCACGUAUUUCCACUGGAUCUCCUACAUAUCGCCAAUAAAUCUUUAUGUAUCUCUACCAGAUAUUCAUGUAGAUAUCUAUGGAUCUCCACCCAUAAGGCAGAAGAUUUCCACAGUGGCAACCCCAUCGGAGGACAGAACAUUAUCUCUAUUAUUGGAAAUCUUCUUGGAACUUCAUAAAUUACCACAGAUAUCCUUGGUUGGAUCUCUAGGCAUGUCCUAAGAUUUCCAGGCAUAUUUUUGGAGAUCAUUUGGAUUUCCGUGGAUCUCCGUACGUGUGUUUUUCCUGAACCUCCAUAUACACUAAUCACCACAGUAGGUACUGGGUAAACUUACUAUCUAUGGUAUUAGGGAGCGGUUGCGAUCAUAUAAGAGUGCUAGGAUUCAGUCAGUUGUUUUCAAUGAGGAAAGCUCUGUAAGAAUUGGCGCACCUUAGGGCUUCUAGACCACUUUUGUUCUUGAUUUUUGUCAAACUCAUCUUCCAAUGAGAGAAUUGAGGAUUACAGCAUUUGCGGAUAAUCAGACAAUUCACAAGUUGACAGGCUUUUUAAGAUUAUUCAGGAAGAUGUAUGAGAUCAGUGAUAGGUACCUCUAUACCAUAGUACUUACUUACUUAUGGAAAUGGUCGACUGCUUUUACUAUGGCUAGCAACUCUCUUCUAGGUUCUAAUACCGGCCUUUAUAUAUUCAUAAUCUAUUCAUGUAAAAUCCAGAAUAAACGCGACAAUCGUAUUUGCCCGAAAAAGGUAGCCUUUUCUGGAAUUUUGGCAUAUAUUCUGGAUACCGUGGCGAAGGGGCAUGUUAAUUCUGUUACAGUCUGAGGAAAAUCAUAGUCAAGAGACUUUGAAGCUUUGCAGCUGCAAAACUAUUGAAGCUGGAUUGAAAUCACUCAUAGAAGAUUUGUAAAUCAUUUUAUUCGCUUCAAUUGAAGCCCAAUUACAUUGAGAUCGGAUUGAAAUUAACAAAGUUAUGAGGCAAAUACCUUUAGUUACCUUUUCAAUUAUUGUCAACCUCAACCUUGACAAAUCUUUCAAUAUAUAAAAUUCAUGCGCGAACAAAACACGCGAUCCACAAUGAUCACAUAACCCAAUACAUUUGUUGAUUUUCGUGACGUGUAUGUAUUCUUCCAUCAAUGUUUUAAAUAUUCAAAAAAUACAUUUUCGGUAAUUAAUGAGAUUGCCUUUUUAAUUACCUUCAACUAGUCGAAUAUUAAUUAUUUAGGUGCGGCAACAAAAAUGGACCUACACAAACCCGUACUAAUGCAAAACAGGACUGUAGACGAGCUUAAUAGUGAAGAAAAGAUGCGAUAUGAACAUCAGAGGAUGCAUGAAAAGCAUAAAGGACAUGAGAAAAUGCACUUUGAAAUGAUCAUUAUACUCAUUGUCUGUCUAAUUGUAGCUCAAUUUCUAUUGAUUGAAUGGAAAAGGCGGCAUUAUAGGAGUUAUUCAAUAGUUACUUUGCUGGGUAUGUGGCUGGUACCCAUAGGAAUUUGCCUCAAACAGCAUUGGUGGAGGUUUAUAUUUAUUUGGCUCUUAUUCUCAUGUAUUACGGGUUUGAUAUUUAGAAAGGCCAAUCAGAGACCUUUAGAAGGAACUACUCCUAGGCUAGUAUACAAAUGGUUCCUCCUGCUAUACAAACUAAGUUAUCUAUUAGGCAUCAUUGGCUACAUAGUAAUGAUGGCAACCUUUUUUGGAAUAAAUCUAGUCUUCAAUACCAAAGCAGACAUUUGGAUGGAUGUUGCAAUCUUAUUUAUUUUCUACGGCCUCUACUAUGGAGUAUUAGGCAGAGACAUUUCUGAAAUAUGCGCAGACAAAAUGGCCUCGCACAUAGGCUACUAUUCACCUCAAGGCAUUCCAACCAAAAACCUAGACCCCAAUGUUUGUGCCAUUUGCGGCAACAAACUUCUAGUAGCAGCAGAUGAAGAAGGAGUUAUUGAAAAUACUUAUCAACUAAGCUGUGAACAUGUGUUUCACGAGUUUUGUAUUAGAGGCUGGUGCAUAGUGGGCAAAAAACAAACUUGCCCCUACUGCAAAGAAAAAGUAGACUUGAAGAAAAUAUUUUCCAACCCAUGGGAAAAGCCUCACAUGCUUUUUGGGCAGCUGCUAGACUGGAUCAGGUGGCUGGUAGCGUGGCAGCCUUUGGUACUAUUCAUAGUGCAAGGGAUAAAUUAUGUUUUAGGGCUAGAAUAAAUAUAUACAAAAAAUAUGUUCCUUUAUUAUUUUAUAAAAAUAAAUCAGUUAUUAUUACAAAUGUUGCAAGAAUUAUCGUUUCUUUCAUAGCAAAACUUGUGAAAGUUGUGGCUGCAAGGUUUAAUGCAAUCAAACAAAAUGUCGUUUUUUAAUGGGAGGUUGCAUAGCUGGCACAGGCCUGAUUUUUCGGGUACAAACUCGUAGUAGCUGGCUUUGACACUGGUGUAUUUUCUUUUGAAAUUGUUUGCCAUGCAUUGUUGUAACUGAAACAC